AAUGGUUGGAAACACUGCGCGAGUCGCUAUGGUGACGGCGCUCGGCUUGACUGCGUGAUGGGUUGAGAGGUUGCGCGCGCGGCUUCUAGAGAGUGCUCUGCGCGAGCAUGUACUCCAAGAGUGUUCGGGUACCGUCGGAUAGUCAAGCCAGAGAAAAGCUAGCUCUGUAUGUUUAUGAAUAUCUGCUACAUGUUGGAGCUCAGAAAUCAGCACAGACCUUCCUUUCAGAGAUCCGAUGGGAGAAGAACAUCACGCUGGGAGAGCCACCUGGGUUCCUUCACUCCUGGUGGUGUGUUUUCUGGGAUCUCUACUGUGCAGCUCCAGAAAGGAGAGAAACAUGUGAACAUUCAAGUGAGGCCAAAGCUUUCCAUGACUAUGUGAGUGACUUGCUAAUGAGCGCAGCAGCCGUGUCCAGUCCUGCAAGUGGGAAUCUCCCUCCAGGAGAGGGAAUGCCAUUACCCCCUGGAUUCUUUCAGUAUAUCCACUCAGUCUCAGCUGCAGGUAUUAUAUCAGUCUAUUUUUUAGAGGUCUAUGUUCUUGCAUUUUCACAGCAGUUCAUGUCCCCUCGUUGCCCUGGAGGCCCAAGAGCUCCUCUCAGAAUGCCCAGCCAGGCAAUGGGUCCAGGCAACCAGCCACUCUUAAGUGGGAUGGAUCCUUUGAGACAGCCAGGUCAUCUUCACAUGAAUGGUCCAAUGCAGAGAAUGAUGCCUCCAAGAGGAAUGGUUCCUAUUGGACCACAGAACUUGGCAGGUGGAAUGAGGCCUCCUGUACAUUCAUUAAUGGGACCAGCAAUGCCUGGCAUGGCUCCAGGAGGAGGAAGGUCUUGGAUAAAUCCUCCAAAUGCCAACUCAAUUCCAUACUCAUCCUCAUCUCCAGGAAGUUACACAGGUCCAACAGGAAGUGGAGGAGGAGCUCCAGGGACACCGGUCAUGCCCAGUCCUGCAGAGUCAACCAGUUCAGGGGACAACAUGUACAGUGUGAUGAAUUCGAUGCCGCCAAAUGGAAACAGGCCAAAUUUUUCUAUUGGUCCUUGUGAUGGUGCAAUGGGAGCAGUUGGAGGAAUAGAUGCUCAUCCUCUGAAUGGCUCAUUGGUGUCAGGUGACAUUGACAGCCUCCCAAAGAGCUCCCCUGGGAACCUGAGUAUGAACACACAGCCCAGUACACCAAGAGGUGAUGGAGAAAUGGCAAGCAGCUUCCUCAACCCCUUUCAGAACGAGAGCGUAUGUCACCAUGUUUCUGAUAUUUAUCUUUUAAAGUGGUCUGAAAAUCUAUAUAUGCAAAUUAGCCUUGUAAUUUAAUUAAUGUGGACUAGAGCUUAAAAGACAUUGCUAGAACUUUGCUAAUUCACUUUUAAACUGCAUAUACAUGCACUAGGUCUGCAAAGAUAUUUCUUUGCAUAUACAUGUCUUGUCGUUUGACUUAUGAUAAAGACAAAAUUAAGACAAUAGUUAAAAAAAAGACAAAAGAGACAAUUACGAACCUGCUAGCUAUGUCAGCCUCUGAUUAUGACUGGAGGAACAUUUAAACUCCACUUUGAAACACAUGAAAUAAAUUUACAUUGAAAUAUAUGAUAUGUUUAGUGAUACUACUGCCAGUUUGUUGGUUGCUGUAUUUUCAUUAUUCCUAGUUAGCAAUGUUAGCAUGAAAGUUAAAGUUUUGGAACCUAAUCUGUUUAGCAGAGUGAGGGCGCGGAAGAGCUGGACAGAUUAGGACUAAGGUAUCGUGGAUGAUACAGGAAAACCAUUUAACAAUACAGUAAUCCAUUAACCAAAGUGUACCAUUGUGCCAAUGAAAGACGUUUCAUUUUAAAAAAUAAAUUCAGAAUUUCAUUGCAAAUUGAAAUUUACAUCUUAACGAAAAGAUUAUUAAACAAGUUCUUCACGGAGGAAUAUUCACUACAGGUUAAUUUCACAUGUGGCAAAAUGUUUUUGAAACAUUUAUUUAAUGUUAAAUGAUGUUACAAAUAAUAUUAGAGUGCGCAAGGGCAUAGGUACAUAUGGCUUUUAUUAAAGCUGUACUAUAGGUUAUAGGUGCUUAUUUAAUACAUUUCAUGCCAUUUUUUUAUACUGUACAUGAGAAAGGUUUCUGUUUCUCUGCAGUACUCUCCUAAUAUGACGAUGAGCGUGUGAGACUGAAUAGAGCCAUUAAGAAACAAAUGCACUUGGAUUCUCAUCGUCGAUGUUCCACGUGGGAGUGCCGAAGUGUAACAUUCAAACAUUUCCCUGGUCCAGCACAGCCAAUGUGAACAAAACACAAGCAGGCUUGUUUAGCUUGUUUUAAUGUCACUCGGUAGCUCAAGUGUGGAAAAGAACAAACAUUUCUGCAGGAUUUCCGCUUCAUCUCUCGUGCAAUUUGUCGCUCUGUCUUGAUGCAUGUCUUGUUAUUACAUAAUGUUAUCCUCAUGAGUCACUUUAAGGUUUGUGGGAACUUUCUUCUGAUAUGAAAGUAAAACGCUGGUGAUUGCUGCUUUUUUUUUAGGAAACAUCACUUGUUAUUCAGCUGUCUGUCUACAAAUGUGAUGUAUUUUUUUAAAUUGACCCUGAUGAGUCCAUGUUGGAAAGGAAUGUUGAUAAAAAGCUUAUGUUUCUGAGUUCUUUCCCAAUUAUUCUGUAUAUUGUUCCAGUUUUCUGUUCAUUUUUUUCUUGCACAUUUCCUGUAACAAUAAAUUUUGUUUACAUAAUACA